GAUGCGAUGUUUAAUCGUUUUUCUUAAAAAAAAAACAAACUCCCAGGAACAGAAUAAAUGUAGAAAAGCCGGAGAUUUAAUGCAUUCAAUCUUAUUCCCAAUAUUCGGCCGAAACGUAAAGUCCGCUGAAGUAAAUGUUAGCGCAUACCUUCACACACUGAGUGCCAUCGCUGUUCAAUUCCGGCUGCCGAGCCUUUUCACCCCUUUUUCUGUCUUCAAAUGGAAAUGAUUUCCAUUGGCCCAAGGUGUCCAUGUAAAUAGGUGUAAAUGAAACCAGAUUAUGCCUUCCUCCCAGCCCCCUCCUCCCAUGGCAAUUGUCAUGUGAUAGCAAAGAGGUGGCACAUUAAUGGAGCGCCCCUACAGGGGUCUUUUCUGCUCAUGUCACUACAUAAAACUAUCAGAUGGUUAGAGGAAGGCCAUGGAGGCAUCCACUUAGCUCCGCCGCAUCAAGGACGAGCAGGAAGAAAGUCUAUUCAAGUCUGCUGGCGGGACAAGCUGACUUACUUCGCAAAAAAGACUUACAGCAGCCGUCACCCCAUAAAUGAGCUCCGUCCGCCCGUCUGCUCACUACGUCCUGGCUCCUUCGAGUCCCGCACUGCUCCAGCUCCGCCUGCUACUCAACUUUGCCCAACUGUUAUUUUUGUUUUUGUUUUGCAUGAAGAGCUGCGAGUUCACGCCGAGGAUUUAGGAGGAGAUUACGUUUUAUUGCAUUUCUUCUAAAUAACUUCACAUCCAGGAUGCCUCGUCCGGGGAGGAACACGUACAGCGACCAGAAGCCGCCGUACUCCUACAUCUCCUUGACCGCCAUGGCGAUCCAGAGCUGCCCGGAGAAAAUGCUGCCACUCAGUGAAAUUUACAAGUUCAUCAUGGACCGGUUCCCCUACUACAGAGAAAACACGCAGCGCUGGCAGAACUCGCUGCGACACAACCUCUCCUUCAACGACUGCUUCAUCAAAAUCCCGCGGCGCCCGGAUCAGCCAGGUAAGGGCAGUUUCUGGGCUCUGCAUCCGAGCUGCGGGGACAUGUUCGAGAACGGGAGUUUCUUGAGGCGCCGCAAACGUUUCAAGGUGCUCAUGUCCGACCCACUGGCACCCAGCAAGCAGUCGGAUGCCGCCCAUUACCUCCAGCAGCAAGCCAAGCUGAGACUGAGCGCCCUGGCCGCCAACAGCACACACCUGCCCCAGAUGUCACCCUACAACCUGGGAGUGUCACAGACGUCAACCUUCAAACAUCCGUUCGCCAUCGAGAACAUCAUCGCCAGAGAGUACAAGGUCCCGGGCAGUCUGGCCUUCUCCACCAUGCAGUCCAUGUCAGCGGGUUACCCUCUGCACAACCAGCUGACCACAGCCUGGCCGCACAUGUACAACAGCAGCGUCAUAGACACGGCGGCCCCCAUCUCCAUGGCCGGCAGCGACUACAGCGCGUACGGCGUCCCCAUCAAGUCUCUGUGCCACGGCGGACAGUCCUUACCCGCGAUCCCGGUGCCCAUCAAACCCACGCCGACCUCCAUGGCCGGUUUCUCGGCUCUGCCCCCGCACAUUCCCGCAUUUCUGUCAAACUCUCCGCAGUCUUUGAGCCCGACGUCCCCACAGACAGCGACGAGCCAAAGCAGCCCCGCGACCCCGAGCGAGACUCUGACCAGCCCGUCCACACUGCAGUCGGUGGCCGUGCACUGACCACACACACAAACUGACUGAUGGAUGACUGACUGCUGGCUCCCACAGAGUCCCCCACCCCCGCCCAAAAAAAAAA